UUUUUUUGAAGAUUUAUGAAACUCAUAUCUAACCAUUUAAUAGGCGUUAGGCGGAUAGGUAUCAAUAUAUUGUUCCAAAUUUUUAAUGUCAUCUUCACUUUCAGCAAUAUUAACUCCAAAAAUUCAGAUCUCAUCAAUAUCUAUUCCUUACUAUAUCAAACAAAUUCCUUUAGAUGUACAAUUUAAAAUUUAAUAGCAAUUUUUUGUCAUUAACAAUAAUUGUAUCCAUAUAACGUUUAUGUUUUAUGUAAACCUGAACAUGGGUUCCUCCGUUUCAAAGAUAUUUAUUUCUGUAAAGUGUAAUUUAAUUAUUU